CUGCGUGGCGUGUUUGCGUCCCCACGUGCUGCGACCCCGGAAGUGGGAGCGGUUGGGCCUUGGGGCUGCCCGGCCCGCGCUCGGGCGGCAUGAGGGGAAGGCUGCUGCGGGCUUGGCGGGAGGGAGCCGCCGCCGCCGCCGCUCGCGGUCUGGCCGAGCGCGGGGCCCCCUCGGGGAAGCCCCCGUGGCGGGUCCUGUUCUUCGGGACCGACGACUUCGCCGCCGAGUCCCUGAGGGCGCUGGAGGCCGCCAGGGAGCCCAGGGAGGAGCCGCUCAUAGACAGGCUGGAGGUGGUGACCCUGCCAUCCGCUUGGCCGAGGGGUCUUCCUGUGAAAAACUGCGCCAAACAGUUUCAACUCCCAACCCACGACUGGCCGGAUACAGGACCCAGUGGCCAGUUUGAUGUCGGGGUGGUGGCGUCGUUUGGGCGCCUUCUGAGUGAGGACCUCAUUCUUCAGUUUCCAUAUGGCGUGUUGAAUGUCCAUCCCAGCUAUCUCCCAAGGUGGCGUGGCCCAGCACCGAUAGUCCACGCAGUGCUUCAUGGUGAUACAGUAACUGGGGUGACAAUUAUGCAAAUUAAGCCUAAAAGGUUUGAUGUAGGUCCAAUUAUUAAGCAGGAGAAGUAUGCUGUUCCUUCCCAGUGCACAGCAAAGGAACUAGAAGUGAUAUUAUCAAAGUUGGGUGCGAACAUGCUCAUUUCAGUUUUGAAAAACUUACCUGAAAGUUUAAAAAACAAAAGAGAGCAACCAAAUGAAGGAGUAACAUUUGCUCCUAAAGUCACUAUUGCUAUGAGUUGUAUAAAAUGGGAAGAACAAACUCCUGAGCAGAUAUUGCGACUACAACGUGCCAUAGGAGCUAUACUUCCAUUGCAGACAUUGUGGAUGGGAAAUACUGUUAAACUUCUGGAUUUUGUGGAAGUGCAUAACAUCCGCAGCUUUGCUGAUCAGCUAUUAAAUGAACAUGGAAUUGUUCCAGGAUCAGUAUUAUACCAUAAAUCGUCACAGACAUUGGUGAUACGUUGCAAGGAAGGCUGGGUCGGAGUCAAAACUGUCAUCUUAAAGAAGAAGCUUACAGCUGCUGACUUCUAUAAUGGGUACUUACAUCCCUGGUUCCAGCAGAAUUCAAAAACGCUUCAUGAGGAUUGCAGAUUUCACACUCUCAAACUUACCACAGUGAAGAAGACUGAAAGAAAAGGAAAUGGUGGUGCACAAUUUAAAACAAAAAGUGCAUGAAAUCUGUCAAACAGGACCUCUGUAAAUGAAUAGAAACAUUAAAUAUUUCAUCGUCCAUUACAAUAAAUGAAGCAGGUAUUUAUUUAAGGGUGUUUCAACUGAAAAAUGCGAUAUUGGUAUCAUCAGCCAAGAAGAUGUCGUCAGUACUCUUUUAUGAAGCACUACGUUUUAUUCCUUAGGAGAAGAGCACACGUUAGUGAAUGCCUAACUGAGACAAUGAAUAACCCUGUUUCUAUUGUUAAACAAUAAAUUAUUUUUAUACAUAA